AUGACCUGUGCCCUUCUCCCCAGGGUGGUCCUCCUUGUUGCCCUGGCAGUUCCCUCCCUAGGCAACCGCAUUGGCCCAACCUCUCGACUGCGCUAUUCCAGGUUUCUCGAUUCUUCCAAUGUCAUUUUCCUGCGCUGGGACUUUGACCUUGAGGCUGAGAUCAUUGUUUUUGAGCUCCAGGUCCGGACAACUGGCUGGGUGGGUUUGGGGGUCACCAAUCGCUAUACAAGAGCAGGAAGUGAUCUGGUUGUUGGAGGUGUCUUGCCCGACGGCAACAUCUAUUUCUCGGAUCAGCAUCUGGUGGAUGAGAACACUCUAGAGGCAGAUGGAAGUCAGGAUGCUACCCUGCAGGGAAUAACAGAAGAUGAAGUCUACACCACCAUGCGCUUCUCCAGGCCUUUCCGCUCCUGUGAUCCUCAUGACCUAGACAUUGCGGGUGACACAGUGAGGGUGCUGACAGCCUAUGGUCUAGAUGAUACUCUGAAGCUGGAUCAGGAGCGGACUUUUGUGAAGUCCAUCUUUCUGCUACAAAUUGUUCACCCAGAUGACCUGAAAGUGCCUGAGGACACCAUCAUCCACGACUUGGAGCUCACAGAUUUCCUCAUUCCAGAGGAUGACACCACUUAUGCCUGCACCUUCCUCCCUCUUCCCAUUGUUAACGAGAAGCAUCAUAUUUACAAGUUUGAGCCCAAGCUGGUGGAGCACGAUGAGAGCAUGGUACACCACAUCCUGGUUUAUGCCUGCGGCAAUGCCAGUGCACUCCCCACGGGUGUCAGCGACUGCUAUGGGGCAGACCCUGCCUUCUCCCUCUGCUCCCAGGUCGUCGUGGGCUGGGCAGUUGGUGGCACUAGUUACCAGUUCCCAGAUGAUGUGGGCAUCUCUAUCGGGACACCCAUGGACCCCCAGUGGAUCCGCCUGGAGAUUCAUUACAGCAACUUCCACAACCUCCUUUCUGCACCAGGUAUAUACGACUCCUCGGGGAUCCGAGUGUACUACACAGCACGGCUGCGCAAAUACGACAUGGGCGUGCUCCAGCUCGGCUUCUACACUUUUCCCAUCCACUUCCUACCCCCGGGUGCUGAGUCCUUCAUGUCCUAUGGGCUGUGUAAGACGGAGAAGUUUGUGGAGAUGAAUGGAGGUUCAAUACCUGACAUACAGGUGUAUGGCUACCUGCUCCACACCCAUUUGGCUGGGCGAUCACUGCAGGCUGUACAGUACAGGAAUGGAACUCAAUAUCGAACAAUCUGCAAAGAUGACGCCUAUGACUUCAAUCUGCAGGAGACUCGAGAUUUACCUCAUCGAGUGGAAAUCAAACCGGGAGAUGAAUUGCUGGUGCAAUGUCACUACCAAACACUGGACAGAGACUCCUUGACUUUUGGAGGUCCCAGCACCAUCAAUGAGAUGUGCCUCAUCUUCCUCUUCUAUUAUCCCCGAAACAACAUUUCCAGCUGCAUGGGCUACCCUGACAUCAUCUAUGUGGUCCACGAACUGGGGGAGGAGGCAACAGAUUCCAUGGAUGGUGUGAUGGCCUUAAGCAAUGUUGAUUGGACACCAGAAAACAUAAAGACAGCAGAAAAGGCCUGCAAGGAGGCCCAGCAGACAGUGGUAAUAAAGACCAUUGAUGAGGUGGUGGAAAACACAACAGGUUGGAUCCCAGAUAUCAUCCCAACUCCUCGUGGGCCCUGCCUGGAGUCAUCUGGAGGCAAAGUGGAAGCCCAAGACAAAACCCCCGCGGGGUUCAGGGCUGCACCAGUGUCCCUCACAGGCUCUGGCACAUCUCUGUGGCACCUCUCGCUUGCUGGCCUCCUCAUUGUUCAGGGAGCAAUUUCUUGGCUCCUUACCUCCCUCCAGGCUACAGUCUGA